GUGGUCCUCGUGAUGGCUGGUGACAUCUCCAUUACCUAUUGGCUCAGAUUUUCUUCCACCAUUUUGACACAGUCACAGCAGUAUGGUAGCAGUUAGCUGGGGGCGAAAUGCUUCUUCUCAGUGGACUGUGCAGAAGCAGCUGGACUCUGCGUGGCGGUCCAAAACUUGGUAGAGCUCCGAUUAUAAUGUCAGCUCAGACUUGCAGCGCAUGCUCCGAUCUCGGAGAGGAGGGAGACACUCUGACCUGCUCACACCACAAUACACUCGAGGACGAGGCGAAGUCGGAAGAGCGGAGUGUGGGAAAGACUGCAGGACCCCCACAGCUGCUGGAGGAAAACAGACUGUCCGAGCAGGAGAAGGUCAUUCACAGGCUUCACCAAGAGGCGUGCAAGGCUGGGGAACAGACGUACAUUGACCCAUUAUCUGGAUACAAGGUGUUCACUGAGUUUGCACAUAAGCAGAGGGGGAGGUGCUGUGGAUGUGCAUGUAGUGUCCAUAUGGCCAAAUUAAUGUGCAAGAUCCAUCUAAGAAGAAAACCUUCAACUCUGCCUUUUAUGUAUAGCCGUGCAGCUAACCGCUUCCCAAGCAAGUCUUUUUUUUUUUUUUUCGUGUGUGCUUAUACUGAUUUUGGAUUGAAUGUGCAUUCUCCUUACUCUCCAUUUGAAAUGAUGAAAUCCUGCACACCAGAUGUGCAACCCACACUUCUUGAACUAGUACGAUGAAUCACAUCUCUCCACUGUGAUUUGUGUCACCGGGGAUUGGCCUGCUCCUCAAGCCUAUGAAUUCAGUAGGUGUGAAUUUGGUUGCAAUACAAAAUAUUUAUACUGUCAGAUGUUAGUUCUGACAGCUCUCAAUCAAUGAAAGGCUUGACAUGAAAUAACUGAAAUGUGAAUAAGGGCAGAGAACAUCUACAGGAGCUUUUCAUUUAAUAAUUUUCACAUAAAUGAUCUGUUUUGAACCACCAAGAUAUGCGCAUAUGUGAUGAAUGUCUACUCAGCAAGAAAUCUUUAUAUUUAUUUAGCAUCUAGCUAAGGUUUAUGACCUUGCCACUCAUUAGAUUUGCUUCUCUUGUCAUUAUACAUUUGCUGUUGUUUCUUUUCCAGCCUGUAAAUUGAGUAACGUUCAACAUUCAGUUUCAACAGGUCACUGUACUUUUGUAUGAAAGUAAAUCUCUUCGUAAAUAAGAUUUGUCUAUUCUUGUGAAACUUUAGUCGUUCGUUGUAAUACUUAACUGAAAACCAGAUGGUCAAAUCACAAAGGAAUAUUGGAUUAUGAUAGAUCUUUGGUAUUAAACAUAUGUAAUGUUAUCUGUGUGGCUGUAACUGCCUGACAUUAAUCAGUGCUCAUCCACGCUGUAAGGCCUACUUUUACAUGAGUUGAUGGAUUCAUACUGUUAACAAACACGGCACAUGCAUCAACAUAUUCAUUUCCAUCUGUGUACACUGUGUUGACUCCUGGCAUUCAUGUUCUUCUCCAUAUCUCCCUGAGGCUUAUUACUUGGGCUGCUACCAAGUGUAGUCACUGUCAUUUUCAUCUCAAGAAGAUGCUGUUCCAACACAUACAGAUGUGUAUUUACAUAUAGAGUAUGAAAAAAAGAUGAUGGUUUUAUAAUACAGCACAAUAAAAUGAGUUUACCACCAUGUUAAA